GUUUCAAAAUGGUGGCUGGCGGAUUUAUGACUUUUAUAAAGUUUUAGGACCAAGUAGCUCUGAAAAUGAAAGACGUUAUAGAUUGACUAAUGAGGCCUAUAGUCCCUGACUGAUGAGGACAUUGAGGUCUACCAUUCACUACCAAUCCCUGGCAAAUGAGUUUCAUGCUUCUGAUCUUUGCUUGACUCAUUCCUCAUCCACACAGCUGAGUGAAACAAAGCAAACAGAAUGAAUGAAAAGGACUUUGCACCGCUGAGUGCUGCAUGUGUGCGGGCACUUAACGACAAACUUUAUGAAAAACGGAAAUCAGCAGCCUUAGAAAUUGAGAAGAUGGUUAGAGACUUUAAUGCGGUAAACAAUACUGUACAGAUCACACGAUUGUUAAAAGUUCUCGGACACGACUUUGCUUUGUCAGGUAGCCUACAUCUAAGAAAUGGAGGGCUGAUUGGACUGGCUGCCUCGGCAAUUGCUCUUGGGAAGGAUUCUAGUUUAUACAUCUCCGAACUGGUGAAACCGGUUCUGUCAUGUUUCUCAGACUCGGACAGUAGAGUUCGUUACUACGCGUGUGAAGCUCUCUAUAAUAUAGUGAAAGUUGCAAGGGGUUCUACACUCAAAUAUUUCAACGAUAUAUUUGAUGGCUUGAGUAAGCUUGCUGCCGACCCAGAUCAGAAUGUAAAGAACGGGGCUGAACUGCUGGACAGAUUAAUGAAAGACAUUGUCGCUGAGAGUUCAUCGUUUGACCUAGUCACAUUCAUGCCCUUACUACGGGAGAGAAUCUACACCAAGAAUCCAUUUGCUAGACAGUUUGUUGUAUCCUGGGUUUCUGUUCUUGAUGCUGUACCCGACAUCAACAUGAUCAUCUUCCUGCCCGAGAUCCUCGACGGCCUAUUUCAUAUCCUUGGCGAUCAUAGCAACGAGAUCAGGAAAAUGUGUGAUGGCGUAUUUGGUGAAUUUUUACGAGGAAUCAGAAAGUUUCCUGGGCAUGCCAAUUAUGCUGCCAUGAUCAAUAUUCUUAUUGCACAUUGUCAAUCAGGGGGUUAUACGGAUGCUCUGAUUCAGUAUACAGCUAUCCUGUGGAUUAAAGAAUUUGUCAAUCUUUCCUCGCGGGAGAUGCUACCAUUUGCAUCGGGAAUCCUCACCGCCAUCUUGCCGUGUUUAUCGUACGAUGAUGACGAGCGACGAAAUAUACGUGAAACAUCAAAGGCAGUCAACACAAAUCUAAUGAAACUGAUUGGUCCAGAGGAUGAUGUGGAUACUCCUGAGGAUGAAGUGCACGACAUUGCCAAGCGAGCUGAGGAAAAGUUGAAAAUGGAGGAAGGGUCGCAGGAGGAGAAAACAGAAGAGGAGACAGAGAAAGAGAAAAAUUCCCUUAAAAUCCAGCUGGACAUUCAGUCGGUUGUAGCGGUGCUAGCGAGACAACUCGUUCAUGAUUCAAUGCAGACUAGAAUAGCGGUGUUGCGUUGGAUCUACCACCUUCAUAUAUAUACACCAAAUAAGAUAUUCCGCCAUGCGGAAGAAUUAUUCCCAUUACUAUUGAAAGCCUUGUCCGACCCCUCCGAUGAGGUUGUUUUACUAGACCUGGAGAUUCUAGCCGAGAUAUCCUCCAGUACGGCAGGCAAUGGUGCCCUCUUACGGAAAGCUGACAGUAACAAUCUUCCCGAUGGGGUCCAAAAAGCGUUAGAAUCGUCACACGGAAUGAACAAAUUCUUCCCAAAGGUUCUUAUUAGUCUACUUAAACUAUUCAGCACGGAUAAACAAUUACUGGAAGGACGAGGAUCUUUCAUCAUCAGGCAACUCUGCUUGUUAUUAAAUCCCGAGGACAUAUACCGGACACUCUCGGAGAUCCUUCUUCACGAGCAGGACACUGCCUUUGCCUGUCAGAUGGUGCAGACUCUCAACAGUAUUUUACUGACGUCAACAGAGUUGUUUGAGUUGAGAAUGCAGUUGAAGGAUUUGAAAACUGAGGAAAGCUGCAAGUUGUUCUGUUGCCUUUACAAGUCUUGGUGCCACAGUGCAAUUGCGACUGUAUCGUUGUGUCUCCUGGCACAGACUUAUAAACAUGCCUGUGAUAUAUUACACCUCUUCGGUGAUAUUGAAGUGACAGUCGACUUCCUGACAGAGAUAGACAAACUAGUACAACUUAUAGAGUCUCCUAUAUUUACUUAUCUGCGUCUCCAACUGCUGGAUGUCCGCAGCAACCACUACUUGUUAAAAAGCUUGUACGGACUCCUGAUGCUGUUACCGCAAAGUGAUGCGUUCAAAACACUUCAUCGGCGUCUUGACUGCGUUCCACCAGCACAAUUCCUACCUCCAGAGGAAAGGAAUGGCCCACCGAGUGAAUCUCCAGGGAUGAGACCAACAUUAAAAUUCAUCAAAUUCGAGGAACUCUUGCAACAUUUUAGUAGCGUGCAGGAUAAUCAUCGAGCAAGACGACGGUUACCGCGCCGCGUGCAAUCAUCGGAUAAUAAGUAGCAAGUGAUAAUGUGUUUUUUACUCCAGACGUUAUACAGUUUAUUGACAUUUUAAAUCAGUCAAUUGUUACAAAUUCUAACCUGAAUGUCUCUCAUCGUGUCAUACUUAUUGACAUCUUACAGCGAAUUGAAUGUUCAAUUUGUAGUUUCAAUCCCACCACACAUACAUAUGCAUGCAAAAUGGAGCCAAUGUUUUGAAACGCCCUUCCCACUUAUUGCGUACUAAAGGAACAAUCGUAAAUCUUCAUUAUGAGCUAGUCAUUUUCGAAUGUUUGAGCUGCCAUGUUUAUUUACCAGAUAGAGCUUUGUCAAUUGUUGUGAAUUCAGUGGAGUCUCUCUACAGAGGGUACCCUUUGGGCUGCUAACUUCUGUCUGUUACAAAGUGAUCUCCCGACUACUGAGACAUGGGUGAAAAGAAAUUGCAAAUUUGAGCCAAUGUUGAUUCAUUUGUACAGAUAUGUCCUCUGGCAGAAGUGUCCACGUAGAGAGGUUCCACUGUGUGACAUGUCCCUCGCCACAGGUGAGGAUACUGUUUCACUUUUAGUGAACUCCAGGACUUCAGGUCAUUAAGUCAAUUAUUGAUUUUCCAUCUUCAUUGUACAUGUAGAAAACUUGUAAACAUACAUGUACGAAUGACACAUAAAUGAAAAUCAAAAUUAAAUUCAUAUAAAAUUUGGUAUCAUACACGUCUACAGACAUAAUCUGGGUUUAUAAUGCAAGAAAUUCAAUUUUAAUUUUACCAUUAUCUAAUUCACUGCCUGUAUGUUGGUUGACUAAACAUUUGAUCAGGUUCAUGCUUUCCAUUUAUUGCCAAAGUUUCUGUACAUAUCCUUACUGGUCCUGUAUGUGCUGUGCUAAGAACAAUGCAGGUUUAGCAGAGAUGUUUUAGCACUGGCCAUCCUGAUAACUAGUCGACACAUCCCUUGUCGUCUGUUGAGACAAUUCAGUAAACUGCGUCAAAGCUUUAAUCUGGUGAAGCCAGGCACGCCUAUUACCAAGGCCUAUCGCAAGUAAUAUAGGCCUUCCAUACAGGUGCCCUUCAACAGGUGUCUGCACAGUAUGUGCUAAUGUGGUUAAACCUUAACCAGGAGACAAAAGUGUGCAAAAUGAAAAUGUACUGUAGAAAGGUAACUUUUAUCAAGAGAAUUUGCAAUAACUAAUAUUAUAUGUCUACAUUCAUGUACAUGUAAUUGUAGCAAUGUUUAAUAAAAGAAAGCUAUCA